AAUCGUCUAGUCAGAUUCGUGAACAAGACGUUUAGAUCGGGUUUGUGAACAAUGUGAAAAGAUCCGAUCAAAAAGAAAGAUUCGUUCACGAAUAGGACAUCGCUAAUAUGCAGAGCCCCCCCUGUGUCAGAGCCUAUGCAAGCGGUUUAUUGAACACAGCGAGCAGCUCCCUUUGAGCUUCACGGCUCAAUCGAGAUUAUUUCCCAUCUGGUUACCGACGUAGAAAGUAACUACAUGCUGUUUUCGACGAAAGGUGACAAGUCCAACUAAGAAAAGGAAAUGGCCUGGUUCCACCAGGCUUUACAAGGCUCGGGCCAGCCAGAUGGAUCCAUGAUGCCCCCUACAGUGGAAGAUCUGUCCCAUUCUCAGGUCUCCAAGCACACCAUUACACAGUUAGGGAUGUCUGAUGGGCAAGGUUGGUCAACUCUUCCCCCAGUUUCCAUCACAGACUUUCCGCCUGCUUCAGGAGGCAUUGUUCCCCAACGUCUGGAAGCACUGUCCUACACAUCCCUCAACGUGGGCUCCAGAGAAGACUCUGUGCCGCUGUCUUUCGUGACGCUGCAGGAGCAACGAUGUGUACUAAGUUGGUUUUUAGGAUGGAACGCUGUCCAGAAGCAACGCUUUCUGGAAGAUCUGAUUUCAAAGGCUGUGCCUGGAAAGGUGUCCAGUUUAUUAGACCAACUCAACACACUGCAGGUGAAUGAUCGCCCACCUAACAUUUUUGAAUGCCAGUUAAGGCUGUGGACUCAGUGGUUUGAUUCAUGGAGCGAAGAGGAGAGAAAUGCCUUUUUGAACAGCUUAGAGGAGAAGGAUCCAACCUUUGCUGCAUACUUCUAUAGCCGGGUUGCUGGAACAGCAGGCAGAGAUUGAGGGUCUUCGUACAACGUUUUUUGUUUGUUUUUUCACUCUUCAAAAUGAAACUGAAAUCAAGUCUCCUAUACAGUUCUACUGUUAAAAAGAGUUUUGAACAGCAAUGUUUGUUAUGCACGUGAGUGUAGUUUUCAAGCACUGUUGAGCCUGUUUAGAUGCAAAAAAAAAUCUUGUUAUAAAGUUGUUGG